AUGGCAAAAGUUAUACUGAAAAUUGGGUCGCGUAGGAAUGGACGUAUUGGUUCACGUAAGGGAGCACGUAGAAUACCAAAGGGAGUUAUUCAUGUUCAAGUAAGUUUCAAUAAUACCAUUGUCACUGUUAUAGAUGUACGGGGUCGAGUAGUUUCUUGGUCCUCCACUGGUACUUCUGGAUUCAAAGGUACGAGAAGAGGAACACUGUUUGCUACUCAAACCACAGCAGCAAAUGCUAUUCGUACCGUACUGGAUCAAGGUAUUCAACGAGCAGAAGUCAUGAUAAAAGGUUUCAGUCUUGGAAGAGAUGUAGUAUUACAAGCUAUUCAUUGA